CCUGCUCACACCGGAAGCCUGAAGGACGCUGCACCGAGAGGAAGGCUCCGUGUACCGGUAGUGUGCUGACCCACUGCACGCCUCCCUAAAAUGUCACUGCCGUUCUAUAGUACUUAAUGACGUGACGUUUGUUAGCUGAGCUACAGUGUCCUGCAGAGCAGCAGUCCGCCACCAGAGGGCAGUCGCGCUACACGAAACAACCAGUGUAUCCACUAUUACUAUAUUUUUAGAGCUAUGGAAGCAGAAUAUAUCAAGAACCUGCAACAGCAGAUAUACUUCCUGGAACUUGAGGCUAACUUCCUUCGUGAGCAGACUAAAAAGGCUGCAGAUCUUCAGCCCCAGCUCACCCUGGAAGCAGAUCAUCUGCUCAGGAAGCUUCUGGAUCUCCGUUCAGAAUGUGAGGGUCUCAAACUGGAAGUGAAGCGCAAAGAUGCCCAUAUGCUUAUGUUACAGCGAGAUCAAGAAUCUUUCAGAGGACAGAUCAGAGAAGCUGAAGAUUCCCAUUCCAAAGAAAAGCAGCAUUUGAUUGAGGAUGUAGUUCAGCUGAAGAAAGGGAAGGAGCUCACUGACCGACGGAUCUCUCAGAAGGAGAUGGAGAUACUUCUCAACAAGCAGGAGUUAGAACGUGAGAUGGUCAUUGUAUCCAACAGUGGCCAGAGGAUAACUGCACUUCAGACACAGCUGAAGCAAAGAAUGGAGCAACAAAAAGAGAUGGAAAAUCAACUGUCACAGAAGAGAAUGGAGCUGCUGAAAGUGACUUCAGCCAGGCAUGAAAUGGAGGAAAAGCUGAUCAAACACACAGCGGUGACUCAGAAUCAGCUUACACCUGACUUAAGGAAUGAAAUAAGUUUCCUCCAUCAACAAAUUCGGGAGAAAGAUCUGCUGUCUGAACAGGAGCGAGUCCUGAGGCAGAAAAUGAUGAGCGACUGUGCAGAGCUGACCAAUGAGAACAAUGCAUUGCAAACCCAACUACUGGAACUUACCAAACAGCUGGAAAUACAGAAAGCACUUAAAGAAGACAACUAUACCCACAGCUCUACUAACGUUGCUCAACUUCUACAUGUCAAGGACAAAGAAGAGCAACUUAUCAAGCAGGUACAACUGCAGCAAGUUCUUCUCAAGAAGGAGAAGGAGCAUUUCAAGGAUUUGAUGGGACAGAUUGACCUGGUGCUUAGUGGGAAUGAUUUACAAGAUUUGAGAACCAAUACAUUAAGCAGCCAGAUUGCAGAGAUACAAGCCAUGUUAGUCAAGGAGGAGCAAAUAAACACAGAAUUUAGGAGAGAUAAGACACUGCUAGUUGACCACAUAUCUUCUUUGCAAACCCAGAUCACUAAAAAGGAGGCUGAGCUGCUGCAUGUUUCUUUACAAAUAGAAGACUUGGACACGCGCCUCUCAACUUUUCAGUCUGAGCAUUCGAUGCAGCGGUCUCUGCAGUCGGUCAAAUGGAAGGAGAUCUCAGACCUGGCGAGGUCCAUGAAGACACUCUCCAAAUGACUGCCUGACCCACACCUUGAGAAGCAUUAAUGUGCCUGGUGUUACACUUCUAUUUACAUGGCUAAUUAAUAAUUAAUUUUAUAAUUUUUUAUAAUUUCUUAAAUCAAGGAUAAAAAUGAAUGACUUACAGAGUAGAGUCUUUGUGUUCUCCGUAUCAUUGCACCAGUAUGGUUUCUACAUUGUAGCAGCUAGUGGCUACCAUGAUGGCAGAGGUCUCUAACCACAAACCCAUCUCUGCACAUAACAUGUGACAACUAAGCAGAAAAUAAGUGAAAGUGAUGCACACUGUCAGAAAAUGUAUUAUGUCAAUGAGCUAAACUGAAAAAGUAAUAUAUACAUUUCCUUUCUAUAAAUUGCAACCCGAUGUCUGGUAUUCUAUAUGGAUGUCAGUGGUAGAACCUUACAAUAUGUGAUGAUUAGAGCCUAUCUUUCAGUAUGCUGUAAGAGCCAUUGAAAAGACAAGUGAAUCUACUGUAAAAUAUAUGUUAUGCUUUUUCUUGUAAUUGACUUGACUCAUACAUAUAAUAAGUACUGCUUAUUUCUGCAGAACAAGUAAACCAGUCGCUUGACACUUCAGGGUUUAUCUGUUUCAAUUAAAAGGAAAUAUAUUGUAGAUCCAUCAUGGAUGAGCAAAAACACUUCCGUCACGAUAAUACAACCGCUUGCAUUCGUUAUGAACACAUCCAGUUGUAUUAUCUUUAAAAUAGCCAUGACAGACCCGUCAUGAACACUAUUGAAAUUUAAUGAGGGACGGAUCCGUUCUCUGUUGUGUCUGAGAAAACGGAUCCAUCUCCAUUGACUGACAUUGUAAGUCAUGACAGAUCCGUCUUGUUCCGUGUGACAUCGCUGCUUGAAGCGUUAUUCUGUCCGUGACGGGGACGCAAACAAACGGAACGGAAUGCAUUCUGUAGCACUCCAUUUUGUUCAGUUCAGUUUUGUCCCCAUUGACAAUGAAUGUGGAAAAAACUGAAGCGUUUUCCCCCGCUAUUGAAAUUCUGUGACGGAUCUCAAUAGUGGAAAGGGAAAGUGCAGAUGUGAAAGUAGCCUUAUUGUGUCAUGCGCUAUUAUAUGAUUGUUAGAAUAUGAGAAGUCAAUGAAUGAUAUGUCAUUUCCUAUAACACAUCAAAAUAAAAAUUAA